UGAAAACAAAUUGUAGACGCAUGAUAAGGUGAUCAUUUCUCUCUCGAGUCUUGUCUCGCCUGAUAAACUGAUUGACUGAUUCUCACGACAAUAAGACACCUCAAUCUUUCUUUUCAUCUCUAGACCUUUCAUUUAGAAUGGAUACGGACGAACUAUUUGCCGAAAGCCCAAUAUCUGACCGUCCUUCCUCCCUCAGCUCUUCUUCAGAGUCUCUUUAUUCUUCAUCUUGUUCUACAGCAGUGACAGGACUGCCUUUUACUCGGGUGCAUUUAGAUAGCCAAUGGUUUGGUGUUGAUAUUGGUGGCUCGCUAGUUAAAUGUGUUUAUUUCGAGUGUCCUGUCGCCAAUGGAUCCAGCCAAGAGGAAUCACUCGGUAUAGCAGAAAUGAGAGAGUUUUUAAAGUCUAAUCGAACGUACGGGUCUUCAGGGGUACGUGAUGAUCAUUUAGAGAUGCCUUCUCAAGAGUUUGGUGGUCGAAAAGGUACACUCCAUUUCAUAAAGUUUGCCACCUCACGGAUGUCAGGAUUCAUGAACAUGGUCCGAGAAUAUAACCUCAAUGACUUUUCAAAAGUAGUCUGUGCCACUGGAGGCGGGGCUUUUAAAUUUGAAGACGACUUUCAAGAAAGAUUAGGUAUAGCAUUACACAAGUACGAUGAGAUGGAAACCUUGGUACGAGGAGUUCAGUAUUUCUGUCGACACUUACCCGACGAGUGCUACUACUGGGAGAACCCUAAAAAACCCGACCUGGCGAGAAAGAAAGUAUUUAAAUUUGAUCCUGGGAUCUAUCCAUUCAUUAUUGUUAAUAUUGGAUCGGGAGUCAGUAUAUUACAUGUCACUGGUCCCUCACAAUUUAAACGUAUUGGAGGGACCAGUGUAGGAGGUGGUACCUUCCUUGGGUUAUGUUCUUUACUGACUGGCUGUGAUAACUUUCAAGACGCCAUCACACUAGCAGAGAAAGGAGAUCACACCAAAGUAGACAAGAUGGUGAGAGAUAUUUAUGGAGGCGACUACCACAAGCUUGGUCUCUCUGGAAACGUGGUAGCUUCAAGCUUUGGUCACAUGAUGCAUAAAGAUCGUAGGGACGAGGCUAGCCCAGCUGAUCUUGCUCGUGCUUCACUUGUGACAGUCACCAAUAACAUUGGAGCCAUUGCUAGAAUGUGUGCAUCAAUAGUGGGUAUAGAGCGUGUAGUGUUUGUUGGUAACUAUUUGUGUGAUAAUGUUCUUUCUACUCAAAUGCUCUCAUAUGCAAUGGAGUAUUGGUCACAGGGUAGCAUAAGAGCACUCUUCCUUAGACAUGAAGGAUACUUUGGAGCACUAGGUGGUAUGAUCAUGAAACUGGAGGAAGAAUUGGCAACAGAAAGUGGCAAGGAAGAUGACUACAAGAGAUCUGACUCUGAGUAAAUGAAUUGAACCAGUUUAUAAGAAACAAUCAUGCAUCCAGUUCUUAUUUAUAUUUAUCAUUUAUCGUUUUUUGCUUUUAUUUUUUUGAGUGAUUUUUUCUCAUUUAUUUCUUUCUUCCCAAGUAUACUCUGUUCUCUCUCUGAUUCACAAUAUUAAUUUUAUUUUAUCAGUUCAUUAAUGAUAA